AUGUACAAACGUGUUUUUCUAAUCGUUGUGACCGUGUGGUUGCCUACCAUCUUAGGUUUGGUGCCAGUAGAGCAGGAACCACUUGUACUAAAACGUGAUUCCCAUGAUGACGCUCGGUAUCUGAUGGAGAAGGUUUCGGAACCGAUUUCCUACAAACUGUUCUUUGACAUAACAGACAUCGAUUUCUAUUCGUAUACCGGUACGGUGGAGAUACUGAUGCGUUAUACUGGCGAUCAGAACCACUUCUAUUUGCACAGUGGCGGAUUGGUAAUCGAUGAGAGCAGUGUAACAGUGACAGGCCCAGAUGGCACCAAUGUGCAAGUAGCAGACAUUAUCCACAUGGACCAGUUCGAGCAAAUCUACUUUGGGUUUAUUGAUCGGCUUCAAACAGGCGGGACGUACAAGGUCCAGUUGAGCUUUCUGAACAACAUCGGUACGGAGCUGAAGGGACUGUACAGGAGCAGCUAUACUGUUGGUAACACGACCAGGUACCUUGCAACGACUCAUUUUGAAUCAACCUACGCCCGCAGUGUGUUCCCAUGUUACGAUGAGCCAUCGUAUAAGGCCCAAUUCGACAUUCGAAUUCGCCACCGGUCUCAAUACACAGCCCUAUCCAACAUGCCCGUCAAAGAAACAGUUCAACAAAGCGAUUAUACUGAAACGACCUUCGAUACCACUCCUCUGAUGUCUACGUAUUUAGUAGCAUUCGUUGUUUCGGAUUUUAAAUCACUAUCGCAAGAUUCACGCUUCCGAGUGUAUGCCGUCGAAAGCAAAGUGCCUUAUACCGAAUACGCGCUGGAUUUUCUUGGUAAAUCGUUGCGCAGUCUAGAGACCUUCUUCGGGCGUCAGUAUCAGUUACCGAAGGUCGACCUGAUCGCCAUACCCGAUUUUGCGAUGGGGGCCAUGGAGAACUGGGGCUUGAUAACAUUCCGUGAGAUGUAUCUAAUCAACGAGGAAGGAGUCACUACGGCACGUACCAAGCAGAACAUUGCCGAUCUGAUAACGCACGAGUUAACCCACAUGUGGUUCGGCAAUGAGGUGACUCCCGAGUGGUGGACGUACUUAUGGUUAAGCGAGGGUUUUGCUCGAUACUUUGAGUAUUACAUCACGGAUCAGCUAGAACCAACCUGGCACCUGUGGGAACAAUUCAUUGUAACCAACGUGCAUUCAGCACUUUCGCAGGAUGGUAGAAGCAAUAACCGACCAAUGAGCUACUACGCAACAGAACCAUCGAUUUUGAAUAAUCUCUUCGAUUAUGUAGUGUACGCUAAGAGUGCUUCCGUUAUUCGUAUGAUACAGAAUGUCAUCGGAUUCGAUACCUUCAAGAUAGCACUAAACGAUUAUCUACGAUCCCGCAGCUAUCUUACCACCAAACCGCAGUAUCUUUACGCAAGCAUUGAAAAGUUCCGAACGGUUGAGCUGCCGGCUAGCGUGGAAGCUAUCUUUGAAAGUUGGGCCAACGCUCCGGGCUAUCCCGUUGUUACAGUUAACGUUGACCUCACCCAACGUACGUUAAAAGCUUCUCAGAAACGAUUCUGGAUGCCAAACGAGAUCGAUAGUCCUCCCAAGAAUGAGCUGUUCUAUGUGCCGAUCAACUACGCUUCCAGCAUCUCCAAGGACUUUGACACAACAGCUCCAACAUCCUGGCUGACACCUACCUCUCCAGAGAUCACUGUUUCGAUUGAGUCCGACAUAAAUUGGCUGGUUGUUAACAAACAACAAACAGGAUAUUACAGAGUAAACUACGAUGAAGCAAACUGGAACCGACUGAUUGGCGUACUGAAUAGCGAUCGUUUCGAUACCGAUCUUCCCGUGAUUAACCGAGCCCAGCUGGUGGACGACGUUGCAAACCUUGCACGUGCCGGUGAAGUAGACUACGGUAUAGCCUUGUCGUUGAUGCAAUACCUUGAACGAGAGACUGAAUACAUCCCUUGGAGUACGGCGUACAACGCCCUUCUGCACCUCGAUCGUAUGUUUUCUUCAAGCAGCGAUUAUGGUAAAUUUGAAGACUUCCUGCGCACAAUCACGGGGUGUAUGUAUGAGAACGUACGCCUUGCUGGGCUCACGGAUCACAUCAGUAGACUACAUCGCGGAAAUACCGUUUACCUAGCAUGCUACUCCGGUGUGCAGAAAUGUCUGGACGACGUUAGCGUAAUGGUGAACAAAACGGUAGAGGAUCCUACGUUCGUCGUUCCCGAAGAGGUUCAAGCUGCUGUGUUUUGUGCACUGCAUAGACACCCCAUUCCUGUGCCUGUCGAUGUACAAAUGGAGUUAUUCGAAACGUUCCUCCUAGCGCCGGACCAACCAGGACAGUCUGAUUUAAUUAAUCGCUAUCUGUCAAGCGUCGGAUGCUCCAGGAAUGAAUCCAUCGUGCAGUAUUACUUGUCACUUACACUCUUCAACGAGCCCAGUUUUCCUUUAAAGUCUCAGCACAAAACUCAAAUCUAUCUCGGUCUCAUUAGCGGUAGUCCACAAACCCGAAUGGCGGCACUACAGUACAUGAACAACCAUUUUGCCACUGUUAUGUACUUCCUGAGCUCCGUUGGCCCACUCUUUACCGAGCUCGGCAAUCGGAUUAACUCAAGGGCAGAGUAUGAAGUGUUGGCGGGAAUGGUAGAAACAUACGGAGAUACUCUAUCGUCCGGUGCCAGGGAUGCCGCGAAUAAUGCGCUGGUACAAGCAGAGGAAAACCUCAGAUGGAUCACAAAACACGCAGGAGCGAUAGCAUCCUGGCUAGAGCAGCAAAACUACGAAGGAACGACCCAAAAACCGUCCGAUGGUGGCGCUGUAGCACAUUCUAUUGGCAUCAUCGUUGCGAUUGGAUGUGUGCUGGUAUUGAUUGCAUCCAAUGCCAUAAAUAAGUAACACUUUUGGUUGUUCGAGAUUAGAGUUCAGUUGUUUGGUUUUAUAAAGCAGAAAAUAUAUGUGGAUU